AUGAAUAGAACAACAACGAGGGGUGUUACCUCAAAACCAACUAAAAACAACUCAGGGAACAGUUCUAUACAGCAAUAUAUGACGCAGGAAGGGAGUCUCAAAAGCCCAGGGCUUGCAAAAAAGAUUGAUAAAAAGAAGAACGAAAGCAAAAAAGGAGUAAGUAGCAUGGAAAGCUCUAAAGGUGAAAUAACAAUAGAAAGUGAGCAAGAGCUCCACAAUUUGGAAGAGCAAGUCCAAGACAUGCAACCGCCUACAAAGGCAGAGAUGAACACAAUGCUGCUGAGGAUGGAAAAUGUUAUCAGGACAGAAAUUAAUAAAGUAAGAACGGAUCUUGGCGGGCUCCGCGAAAGAGUGGAAGAGACUGAGAAAAAAAUAGAGGAACAGGAUCAGGAAAUAAAUUACCUAAAAAAACAAGUAAGGGCGCUGAGCGACAGCCAAAGAUUGGCGGCAUAUAGGAUAGAGGACCAGGAGAAUCGCAACAGGCGACAGAACCUGAGAAUUAGAGCGAUAGUAGAAGAAAAGGAGGAAGACCUGAGAACUAUCAUGAACACAAUAUUCAACCCUCUGCUUGAGAGGCCUGUACAAUCAAAGCCCCUUAAGAUAGAGAGAGUCCAUCGAGUAGGGAACCCCCAACAGAUAGAGAGGUACGGCCCAAGGGAUGUUAUCGUGCGAUUCAGGAAUUAUGUCGAUAAAGCAGAAAUCUGGGGAAGACUCAGGGGGAAAUCCCUGAGAUAUAGAGACAUUGAGCUACAAAUAUUCUCCGAUUUGUCCAAAGAAACGUUGGCAAGAAGAAGACAUUUGAAACCCCUCUUAGACUUAAUGCGGGCACAUAAUAUAAAAUAUCAAUGGGGGUUCCCGGCUUGCCUCAUAGGCAUAAAGGGCAACCCCGCGCUUCCCCUGAUCCUGGUUGCCGCUCCUGUUUGCCCGCGUUACUCCGGUAACCGUGUGGAGAAGAAGCGCUAUCUUAGAAGACUGCAAGAUGAAGAACAGGAGAGACAAAUGGAAGAUGCCAUUCAGCAUGCAGAGGAAACGAAAAGACUAAAGGAAUUACAGUUGGAACAGGAAGAAAGAAUGGCGACAGAACUGGCUAGGAUCAAACAAGAAAAACUGAAAGAUGAAAAACUGAGGCAACAAAUCCGAGAGAACAGCCUGGAGCUCCGAGAAUUAGAGCAAAAGCUGAAGUCUGCCUAUCUAACCAGAGAGCGGGCUGCACAAGUAGCAGAAAAAGAGGUUGUUAAAUAUGAGAAAAUUAAACGUGAAUCUGAAAUAGCUCGCAAAAUGAAGGAGGAACAUGAAAGGGCUUCAGAGGAGGAACUGGCUAAAGAGACCCGGCGCUAUCAUGAGAAGCUGCAUUACCAGAAGGAGCUGGAAACGCAGCUGGAAGAAAAGGAGAUAAAGAGGCAGGAAGCUUAUCAGGAGUUCCUGAGGGAGAAAAUCCUGGUAGAUGAAAUUGUAAGGAAGAUUUAUGAAGAAGAUCAGACGGAAAGACAGUUAAAGCUGGAAAAAACGACUGCUACGAAGAGAUACAUCGAAGAAUUCAAGGAACAGCAGAAGACUUGGAGGAAAUUGGAAAAAGAGAAAAUGGAGGCAGAAAAUCUGAGAAUUCGGUCGUUUGCAAAUAUGCAGCAGAGAAGAGAAGAAGACCGCAUGGUCCAAAUCAGGGAGCGGGAGGAGAAGAAGAAAGCUAUCCAGGACUCGCUUGUGGAGCAUAUUCAUAGAGAACAACAGCAGAGAGAUGAACUCGACCAAAUGCGAGAAGAGUUAUACCUGGAAGAACAAGCCGAGCAGGCCAGACAGCGUGAAAUUGAAGAGUUGGAAAAGAAAAUUCGCCAGCGUCUUGAGUUGCAGCGAACAUUUGAAGAACAAAUGGCUUUUAAGCAAAUUGUUCAACAAGCAGCAAAAGAGGAAGAGGAGGCUUUCAGACAGGCAAUGCUUGCAAAGUUUGCUGAAGAUGACAGGAUUGAGCAGAUGAACGCUCAGAAGAGGAGGAUGAAACAAUUGGAACACAAAAGAGCAGUGGAGAAACUGCUUGAGGAUCGGCACCAACAGUUCAUUGCCGAUAAGGAACGUGAGCUCCUGGAAAGAGAGGAGGAAGAGAAGAGGGAAGCAUUUCGCCGGGCUAUCAUUGAGGAGGAGAGACAGAAACUUCUUAAGCAACAUGCCACCCAGUUACUGGGCUACCUUCCCAAGGUAAUAUUUAAAGGUGAAGAAGAUCUCAAUAUGUUCGAUGAAGAGUUUCGCAAGACUUUUCAGAAGAGAAGUGCAGACAUGUUUUCAGAUGAUGGCUGGGGUUCAUAAAUUAAAGUAUAACUA